GCCACGCUUGAUUGGACGCUGCGGUUAGAGGUUCCUCCCGCCCCUCCCAGCAGCGGCAGCUCGUUCGGCUUUCCUGCGCCAGCGGCGGUGUGUCACCGAGGCUGGGCUGCUGCCGGAGAGAUCCGGACUCAGAAUAUACCCAACCAUUUAACGCAACCUGGCAAACGGGGCUGAGAGGCGGGUUUUGAACCUGAAUACAGUUUAGGCUGGACCCUACGCUUUUUCUUGUCGCCUCCGCCCGUCCUCCUGAUGUCGGAUUUCAAGCUCGGGAUCGUACGGCUCGGCCGUGUGGCCGGGAAGACAAAGUACACGCUGAUCGAUGAGCAGGACAUACCACUGGUGGAGAACUAUGCCUUUGAGGCACGCAUGGAAGUAGAUGCAGAUGGCAAUGGAGCUAAGAUCUUUGCUUAUGCUUUUGACGUCGGCAAAGGACGCUGGGCAGGAAGGCCGCUGCACGAGCUGCUCUGGGAGAAGCACAGAGGAGGCAUCGCCCCUAGUUUUCAAGUUAUCCACAUCAACUCUGUGACGGUGGACAACCGACUAGACAACCUUCGACUGGUUCCAGUAGGCUGGAGCCCUAAACCAGAGGAGAUUUCCAGCAAGCAGAGAGAGCAGUCCCUCUACUGGCUGGCUAUCCAGCAGGUACCAGCCGACCCUGUGGAAGAGCAAUAUCUGGAGCUGAGUCGCACACGUUACUACAAUGCAAAUGGGGAGCUGGUGGAGGAAGAGGAGUGUUCUUGCACCUACUACGAGUGUCACUACCCUCCUUGUUCGCUCAUUGAGAGGAGGCUGCGGGAGUUCAACAUAUGCGGCCGCUGCCAGGUGGCGCGCUACUGCGGGUCCCAGUGCCAGCAGAGGGACUGGCCGGCCCACAAGAAACAGUGUCGCGAGCGUAAGCGGGCGCUGGCCCUGGAGUCUGAGCCCGAGCGGUGAUCCGUCUUCAUCCUUGCUUGGAAGGGGAGGAGGAGGAUGAUCAUCGGGGAGGGAAUGGGGUUACACUUGGGAGGGGGAGCGGGGAUUAAGUGCGAUGCGGGGUGGGGGGGGCUUCCUGAGAAGAGACAAUGUUGAUUGGUUGAGUGAUUGAAGGAGUUCAGGACUGAGAAGACGAGGGCACGGAGAGUAACGCAAAAAGACAUCUGCCACUUCCCAGGACUGGUGAUUCUCCAUAGCUUGCUUUUCAUGUGGAUGACGGGGAUGGGAUUUUUUUUUUUGUUUUUUUUUUUUUUUUUUCGGUUUGUUGGUUUUUGUUGGUUUUUUUGGGGGGGGGGGGUCUUUGUUUUCUCUCGAGGGAGAACCUCGGGCACUACCUGCUGCUACGGUUUUGUAUGUAAGGAGGAGAAAGUCAUCUUGUUGAUGAACUGAACAAGCUUCUCCGGACCACAGUCGGAAUACAGACCGCCGUCAUCCCAUUGGGUGUCACUUCGUCUGUCCAAACAGGGGACUUGGGGGCUGCAGCAUCUGUCAUUCAGCUGGUACAAUGGGACAUGGACCUUUUCACUGUAUCGCUCCCUUUUCUGACCUCUCUCGUGCACACGGCUGCUGCGCUCACAGUCAUCGACACUUUAGCUGCCAUCGCCGCGGCCUCCCUGUCUGUAUUCCCCACACAGCAAACCACGACACAGAUUAUCAGAGAUUUCACAGAGUCCCACUACCAGUAUUGUGUGUGUGUGUGUGUGUGUGUGUGUGUGUGAGCGCCUGUGCUGCCAACAUGUACAAAAAAGGACUUUGAGGUGGUCAACAUUGCUAAUGAGUCGAGGUUAACGGACAUCUUUGCUCUACUUAAAGGGGGCCAUAUUACUUAAUUUAAAAAUGUCCUAUUUAAUUAUAAAUUGGUGGUCUGACAGUAAGAUCAUUGUUCUGUAAUAAAGUAGCUGCCAAAUAAAGGCGUCACUUUUUUAUUUUUUAUAUAUAUAAUUUUAAUGGUUAAAGACUUCAGUUUGUGCUGGAAGUAGGUGGUGUGUGUGUGGUUUUUUUUUUUUUUUUUUUUUUUAAGGAAUUUCCAGUUAACAUUUAAAAAAAGAAAAGUGGUUUCUAUGGAAACUUGUUUCUGCAACUGUAAAAAAAAAUAAUUAAAUAAAUACAUUUGGGGUGGAAACAAACAAAACUAAAACAUUUUUAAAUUUAUUGCAUUUAUGUUGAAAUUUUGACUUAUGAACUCAGUCUUCUGAGAAAGUAACUGGCGUUUUUGUUUGUUUUUCUACUUUGGCAGAAACCAGCUUCAGUACGACCAGUGUUGUUGAUGCUCUUACACACAAUUUGUCCCAGUAAAAGUGAGCACUGAUGGCGUAAUAUAAAAGCAAUUUAUUAUUUGAUGUUCAAUAGCUUAACCUGUAAGAAUGAUCUUUACCAAAGUCUUCUCUGACCUUCCGUAGCUUACCACUCCUGUCAGCUGGUAUAAAUCCCUCUUGGGCUCAGUUUGCUGGGUUUUUCGGGGGGGAGGGGGUUGUUUCUUCCGAACAGACACCUGCCUUUUCAAACUGUAUUUUUACAUCUCCAGGGUUACGCUGUAUGUGUGCAUUGAUUGGCGAGGAGGAGCUAGUGCUCAGUUUCUCGCAUGUGUGUUUGUAAGGGUUAUUUUUUUUGAAGAAAAUCUUAUCUAUGGAGCUAUAUUUAUUUUAAAAAAUUGAUUGUGAACCUUUCUUUUGUCCUGGUGAUAUUUGAAGGCAUAAAAAGUGCUCAUUGUGGGACCUUUUUUUUUUUUUUUUGUAUAUCUGUGAGGUGAUGAGGUUAGAUGGGCUGAAACAUUUCAUCGCUGUUACUUGAUUUAUUUUACUUUCCUGAUUCUAGAUGGAUGAUUGAGUUCUGGCUGUUGCCUUCCCAGUGUUUUUUUUUUCUUUUUUGUAAAUCCCAUGAGAACACUGCACACAGUCAUGUGACAAAACAAUCUUCCACGUGAGAGGUGUCUUGGAGUGUAAAACUUGAAUCCCUCCCACGGCCGUCUUUUUGUGACUUUUAUUUUGGAAAGUGGUUUGAUGAACUGAACCAUUUCCUGCUCUGGAGCUUUUUUUUUUGUCGACUUUAUCCACAAAUCACCUGCCUUCCUUGUGUUACCUACAAUGCACACCUGCUUAAUGUGUCCUCUUGUUUCUUAGGUGAGAAUUCCCAACACUUAAUAAGCAUGUGUAUAUGUGAUUUAUUUGCUUUCCUUGUGUGCGCGCGUGUGUGAAUGUGAAAGUUUUUGAACACUGCACUAAAAUUUGGCUCUCGUGUUGGCAUACCUGUCGUAGAUGAGGUGAGGGGUGUGGUGUGGAUUUGGACAGAGUGUACAGAUUGUGUCUAAAAUAAAUUUUUAUUUUUUAUUUUUUUUUUUGGGUAAAAAUAUACGCAUUAAUCACCUAGAAAUAAAGAGCUACAAUAUGUGAAUGGAAGUACAACUGGGAUAACCGACAGUUGCUUUUCCAAU